AGAUUCAAAUCACACAAGAGAGGGUUGUGGAUAUUCGCCUCUAGACUACAGAGGGCUUUCUCCAAACACUCUGUCAUGAUGAGCUCUGCUUUGGGACAUCAAUAUGAUCUGACCCAUUGUAAUAUUAAUCGUAUGUGGCACCUCUGUUUAUCGUCACUUCAACUCUCUCGGUUGUGGAUAUAGCAGCACUUACGAUAGUUCUUGAUAUACAUUGAGAGUCAAUUUCUCAUCUUUAAAGUAGGGGAAAACUUGAAUUUUGUGAAAAUCGUAUUCAAAAGUAUAUUUGUUGGAUACCUGCAAUUGAUGCGUUCCAAACUCUGGAAAUUUGAGCGAAGUAAAAUUCUAAAAACAAAUAUAAAAAAACUCAACCAUGGAGAACGAUCCCAACACAUUUUCUAUUCGGUUAGUGAAGAGACCGCCGCAUGGCCUCGGAUUCUUGGUGAGGAAGAGAAAGUGCAAUCCGCCUGUUCUGAUUUCGGAUUUGAUAUCCGGAGGGGUGGCUGAGAAUUCGGGGCUCGUACGGAUAGGGGAUAUACUUCUUGCGGUUAACGGCGUUCAACUUACAGAUGUGCCUUAUAAUACUGCACUUGAGGUACUUCGAAGCGUCCCUAUGGACACGCCUUGUGUGAUCGUAUUGAAAGGUCCUGAAGGAUACCGCACUCGACUGGAAACCGUCAUGUCACCGGAUGGUGCCGUUAAUAUUGUACGGAUAACCGAACCGGAACAGACAGAUGAAACACCUAACAAGACGUCACCGGGUAUCGGACCCAAAAAGCAGCGGCGAUCUAGUCGAGAUAGUUCAAGGAGUCCCACACGUGCCCCUUCUUCGACAUGGCCUCGCAAUGCACAUUUACCAAAUUAUGAAAAUACCAUCUACAACCAAGCUCAACUCCAUAACGGCAUCAUCGUACAUGGGAGCCAUCAACCACCUCGACCACGGACUCAUACACCGGACAAUAGUCCUUAUCGUUAUGGGAGUCCUGCGCGUAGAUCGCGACGUGAUCGAGAUAGUAGUAGAUCUCCUGCUCGAGGUAGUCUACCGACAAGCCCCGUUAGGAAUUUCAGCUAUCGUGAACCAUCUCCUUGCUACUGCAACCGACAUGGUGUCCCUGAAUAUCAAAACGUAUUUGCAUGGAACGGCACCUACCCUCGUGACGUCUACCAGCUGAAGAUCAUGCAACAACAACAGCAACAGUCACAUGAAGAAUUUUACUACGACAGUCCCCGGACAUCUGUAGACUACGACUUAGAAGGAGAACGUGCGCGUAAUCAGGGAAUGUCCCUGAUUGAGGAAUCCCACGAAUAUCAAUCCGAAAGUAAAGGCAUCCAAUGUCCUGAGAGGAUCAUCACGGUCAGGAGCCCGGGUUUUUCAUCCCCAGAAAAAGAAACAAGAGAGAUUUACGUCAACUUUGCAAACGGAUCACGUGACCAUAAUGAGGUCAAAAGCGAGUUCCAUUCAGAAUCAGAGCCUGCGGGGGUGCAGCGAAGCAAGACAGAAGUACACGACCGACAGGAGUUUAGUCAACAAACACCGCCCGAAGAAGGAACACCACUAAACGCGAACUUGCUCAAAGAACCUCUCGUGAACGGCAUUGGUCCGAGUAACAAUAGCGUCAACGGUACCAUUACCCCUGAUAGCAAGAACUUGAGGGUUAACGGGACAUUAGUUAACGGGAUAGCAGACGGUAUGGGAGCGGGGUGUUCGGCGAAUGGGGUUGUAACUGUGCCUGAGGGGGUUAAACAGGCCGGGAGCUAUUCUAUCAACAAGAACGCUUCUACCCCAAUUAAGCAGAACAGAACAAAUCAUAUCAAUAUCAACGGCAAAUCGAACGGCGUUCUCAUAGAACCAACUCAAGUUCAUAAUGUCUCCACCAGCGAAAUAUCAAUCCAAACAGAUCCAAUACCAUCUCCUCAGGAGAAUAAUUCUUCCAAUAAGAACACAGAAUCAAACCAGAAUGGAGGAAGUUCACCACCAAGCAACGGUCCUACAAUAGCAGGUCCUGUCUGUCCUUUCACCAAGAAACAGGCCAAAUACGUCAGACUUCAUAAUGUCGCAGAUGGAAAGCAGUUUACAGAUACCUUGCAUCAAAAGGCAUUCAUUGAUCUUCAUUGCUCGGAAAAGAAAUGCAUGGGUUCAAUCAUGUUUCCUCCUCGAGAAAAACAAAGGAGCAAGGAUGAGCUUACUGUACAUGCCACUGACUUCAUCAAUCAGUACUUUACUCAUAUCAAGAGGGCAGACACAGCGGCUCAUAAGAAGCGUUUGGCGGCUGUAUUGGAUUCCAUUGAGAAGACUGGUACGUACCAGCUAACUGAGACUGAGCUUAUCCUAGGAGCUAAAACCGCCUGGAGGAAUGCUCCUAGAUGUAUUGGAAGAAUACAGUGGACUAAACUACAGGUAUUUGAUGCCCGCAAUGCUAGCACGCCACAGGAAAUGUUCCAGGCUAUCUGUAAUCACAUGAGCUAUGCCACAAACAAAGGCAAUCUCAGAUCUGCAAUCACAAUCUUCCCUCAGCGAGGGGAGAAGGAUAAAGAUUUUCGAGUUUGGAACAGACAGCUACUUGGUUACGCUGGUUACAAGCAACCUGACGGUACGAUCAUCGGGGAUCCAGCUGGUGUGGAAUUCACUGAGGUAUGUCAGAAGCUUGGAUGGAAGGGAAGCGGUGGUCGUUUUGAUGCUCUUCCUCUUGUUCUCCAAGCCAAUGGCGAAGACCCUGAGAUGUAUGACAUCCCACCCAGUCUCAUACUUGAAGUCCCCCUUGAACAUCCAAAGUUCCCAUGGUUCAAAGACCUUGGUUUGAAAUGGUAUGCUUUGCCAGCCGUGUCUAGUCUGAUGCUUGACCUGGGUGGUUUAGAGUUCACUGCGUGUCCGUUUAAUGGUUGGUAUAUGGUCACAGAAAUCGGAGCCAGAGAUAUCUGCGAUACCAACAGGCUCAAUCUUAUUGAGAACAUCGGUAUUCAGAUGGGUCUUGAUAUUAGUACCAAUGCAACACUGUGGAAAGACCAAGCUCUUGUAGAAGCCAACGUUGCCGUCUUAUAUAGUUAUCAGAAACUGAACGUGACGAUCACGGAUCAUCACUCAGCAUCGGAAUCGUUUAUGAAGCACAUGGAAAAUGAGCAGAGACUUCGAGGAGGAUGCCCAGCCGAUUGGGUAUGGAUUGUACCUCCAAUCUCAGGGAGUAUUACACCAGUGUUCCAUCAAGAGAUGCUUAACUACCAGCUUAAACCAUCCUAUGAAUAUCAGGAUGAUCCAUGGCAUUCACACGUAUGGAAAACCAACACCGCAGGAACUGAGAAUAAACCAAGAAGAAGAAAGCUUCUCACUUUCAAGGAGGUUGCAAAGGCUGUGAAGUUCUCUACGAAGAUGAUGGGUAAGGCCUUGGCUAAGCGAAUCAAAGCUACAAUAUUGUAUGCCACGGAGACUGGCAAGUCUGAGAAAUACGCCAAGACACUGUGUGAGAUAUUCAAACAUGCCUUUGACGCAAAGGUGAUGAACAUGGAAGAAUACGACGUCGCAAACAUCGAACACGAGUCCCUUCUUAUUGUCGUCACGAGUACAUUUGGUAACGGAGAUCCACCUGAGAACGGAGAGGAAUUUGGCAACUAUCUUCUAGAACUUUCCCGAGACGGUGAAGGAGAUGGUCCAAGCAGAGAAUCAGUAAGUGGAGAGGAUAAGGACCCCCGUAAUAGAAGUCUUCGGUCUAUUCGAUUCGACAAUAAACCAAACAAGCCAGUACAUCGAGCCAGCUCCAUGGCUAAACUUGACGAGAGCUCAGGAAUACUUGCUAACGUUAGAUUCUCAGUAUUUGGUCUGGGAUCCCGUGCUUAUCCUCACUUCUGUGCGUAUGCUCGUACAGUAGAUCAGUUGAUUAGUAAUCUUGGAGGUGAAAGGAUUAACCCAAUGGGCGAAGGGGAUGAGCUAGGUGGUCAAGAAGAUGCUUUCAGGAGGUGGGCCAAAGAUGUCUUCAAGGCGGCAUGUGAGGUGUUCUGUAUCAAGGAUGGUGUCAACCUUGUGGCUGCAAGCGAGGCCCUGAACAAGAACGAGAACAGUUGGAACCCUCAGAGAUUCCGGGUAUCCGUUGGCGAAGAGGCAGCCCUCAAGAGUGAUGAACUCAAUGCAGGACUUUCAGUAUUACAUGGCAAGACGGUCCUUCCGUGUCUUCUUACUGAACGCAUGGAACUUCAAGCAAAAAACUCAGAACGAUCCACCAUCUUUGUACGUCUGGAUACCCAAGGUGCCUCAGAACUUCUUUACGAACCUGGUGAUCACGUGGCCAUCUGUCCAGCCAAUAACAAGAACUUGGUAGACCGUGUUCUUAAGUACAUUGAUUGCGAGUACUCUAUGGAUACAGUGAUUAAGGUUGAAUUCCAACAGCAGAAGCAGACAGCUCUUGGUGUGAUCAAGGCAUGGCACGACACCGAGCGCCUCCCGAAAUGUUCCAUCCGAGAAGCUCUCACAAACUACCUAGAUAUCACUAUACCCCCGACACCAGACUUCCUCCGUCUUCUAUCAACCCAAGCUACCGAUAAGAAUGAAGAAAAUGCCCUCGCUGUUCUGGGCAAGGGUGGUAGCAACUAUGAGGUAUGGAAGUAUGAACAUAGCCCGAACCUUCCAGAAGUGCUUGAGCAAUUCCCUUCAGUAAAGGUCAGUGCUAGCUUCCUUCUGACCGAGCUGGCCAUCCUAAAGGCACGAUAUUACUCCAUCUCAUCUAGUCCUAAGAUGUUCCCAGGGGAGAUCCAUGCUACUGUCGCGGUUGUUGAGUACAGAGUCAAAGGUCCAAGGGGUCCUAUCCAUCGUGGUGUGUGUUCAUCAUGGAUGAAUGAACUGGAUUUAAAGAAACCUAUGCCUUGCUUCAUCAGACAGGCACCAACAUUCCACAUGCCUGAGAACCGAGCCCAGCCUCUUAUCAUGGUCGGUCCUGGGACUGGCAUCGCACCUUUCAGAAGCUUCUGGCAACAGCGACAGAUCGAGCUUCGUUUCACCAAACCGGAAGCGGAAGACGGUCGUAAGAUCCUGGGUGACAUCACACUUAUCUUCGGUUGUCGGGGGUCAAAGGUCGAUGAUAUCUAUCAAGAUGAGAAGGCGACGGCAACAAAGGAAAGGGCGAUCAUCAAUAAUGUAACGGCGUAUUCUCGGGAGCCUAACAAGAAGAAGGUAUAUGUGCAAGAUAUGAUGCAGCAACAUGGUAAGAUGAUUCAUGAGACUAUCUGCAAGAAUGGAGGUCAUUUCUAUGUUUGUGGGGAUGUUUCGAUGGCAGCUGAUGUUGGUUCAAGGCUUGAGCUCAUCCUGGCUGAGCAGAGCGAUAUGUCACAAGAAGAGGCUCAUGAUUUUGUCGCCAAAAUGAAGGAUACGAACCGGUACCACGAAGACAUCUUUGGCGUGACAAUUAGAACAGCUGAAAUUCAGACCAAAAUGGAGAGAGCAGCUCGUCGUGCCCAGGUGCUGAUCACAGAUAGUAGUAACAAACUGACACCAGCGGUCAAACCAUUCGAGAACGGAAACGGGACCAUCUCUGCAAGGAGCACGGAUGAUAUCAGAUCUUUGAAUAAGCAUGCCCGCAUAUAUUCGUCUAGUCUCUCUAUAAGCUCUUGCUACAAAGAGGAAAAUGUUGGAUUGACGGCACCUAAAAGUGAUGCACCGAAGGGCAGGAGAACGACAAGGAGAUCGAUCACGGCCACUGUACUCAUGUCAGACGAAGAGCUUAUUAAUCUAAGGAAAAUGGCAGAGGCAGAUGAAAAAACAAGGAAGGAUAUGGACAACCUCAGCGAAGGAGGCAUACCGAACGGGAACGCCGCCAAGCACUGAAAAUUCAAAGACCGCAUCAGCUGGAUUUCUGAUUAAAACAUUCGCUGUCAAUUUUGAAAGGAGAUUAUUUUAAACUCAUUUGCAUACGACAGUGAUACGUCAAUAUAACUAUGUUAAAUUUGCGAAGCUAUUUUAUGUCGACUGAUUUUAAAUUUGAUUUGGGAUCGGCGUCAAAUUUUGAAUUCAUGACUCGCCUUUACGAGACUCAUUUUUGUGAAGGGCGGUAUAUAGUUACAUCAUCAAUCGAAGCUCUUGUAAAUGUAUUUUACUUUUGACUUUGGGUCAGAUUAUGCAAUGACAGAACAGUCCUACUUGAUUUCAAUCAGCGUGACGAGCAACAACAACAACAAAAAGACGGCAUCCUAAAUUUUGACUCUAAAUUCAUAUGUUUGGGAUGAUACUUUUCUGGACUAUAUCGUUACAUCUUGGGCAAGAGAGUUAUUAUCAGUGCACAUGCAAUAUCAUAGACAUUUAAGUACGUGAUGGUGUUUGUAUGAUAGUUGCAUGUUUGGCAUCCUAACGAACUGUCUAAUGUGAGUUUGGAAAUACUAAUGAGUUUCUUGUGUUUUCUAAAACCUGAGUUACUAUGUUUGCACAUGUAAUGGAAUGCCUUUUUGAUAACUCACUUCUAGCACGUGCCCCCACCCUUCCUCCUUUUAAUUUCUCGUUGUUUUCGGUGUUAGUGUGUAACAUACAAAGACAUUGUACAUUGUCUGAUCAAACUAUUAAAAUUGUAUAUGGAUUUUAUAAGUGUUUUUUUUUCCUGCUUAUAAUCAAAUAAUUAUUCAGAAAAACGAAGAGAUUACAAAUUUAUAUCGAUGUAUUAUUGAUUGCGUUUGACUGUAGAGUGUUAUCAUAUAAAUAGCUGGAAUUAUUGGUGGGUAUAGCAGCUAAAACUUUGACGAUGUGAAAUUUUCCGGCGGCUGUAAAAUGUGAUAAAUUUAUUAUAUCUUGUAGAAAAGUAAAUGGAUAGGCAAACACAAUUACAAUGAAGAUGGCGAAAGUAAUUUAAGGACGAAUGUAUUAUAUUCAAACAUGAUAAUUAUCGUUUAAAAGUAGUAAAUGUUAAUCAUGCAAAUAAGCCAUCUUAAAAUGUUCUACCAAUUGUUAUUUCGAUGGUAUUCUUUUUUUUUGCGUAACGAUUUGCAAGAUUGAUUAUAAUAAAGAUUGUCGAAUUGAAAUGCAUCGAUCUGUUAGCACUUGGCAACAAGUAAAAAGAAAAAUGAACAGAAAAGUGAAAUGGUUUGAGAUAAUUCAUAAGACAAAAUGAGGUAAUUAGAACUUUAAUAAUUGUAUAUAAACAUGAUAUAUGUGCUUCUGAAAUUAUGAUAGUCGAAAUGUUGUUUUAUUUGCGGUGACUGGAUAGUUGUAUUAUAGGCGUUAUUAGUAAAUAAGUGAUACGAACAAACUUUAUGAUCAUAAAAUAUAUAUGUAUCCAGUGUAAAUAGUUUUAAACAAACUCUCGUUAUUUAAAUAUUCUAUGGAUUUUUUAAAUUCAUGUAUUUAUGUGUCAUAUUACGUAUUAUUGCCUUUUAUUUAAUAUUGUAAUGUACUCGGCAGAGUUUUAAAGACAGUGAUGUCAUAGUCAGAGUUAAUUUGUUAUUGGGAUUCAUAAUUAGCAAUGAAGUGCAAUAUUCAUUGAAUAAUAUUACAAUGAGUGCUUUUUCAUGUUUUAUAGGGUGAUCAAAUAAGGAGGCUAUAUCAAGAUGUCUUUGAAGAUCAUAAUUAAUUUCAAAUUUGGUAUACUUCAUUAUAAUCCUAUAUUAUAAUCGGGACUUAUAUCAAUAUUUAACAUUGUCAUUUUAUAUACAAUCAUGAUUAUAUUUCUGUAUUGUUACUAUACUUAUUGAUGUAACUUUUUAUUUUCAUUUUGCCGUGGAAUUACAUCUAUAAUAUUGUAGUUUGUUUUUAAAUAAUACCUCUGAAAGAAAAUGUUUUUAGCACGAUAUUUCCCUUUUAUAGAAAAUACUCUGAAUAACAGGGCCAAUCAAGAAUGACGAAGAAAUGUCUCUCCAACUCAGAAAUAUAAUAGCCAACUUCUCAGCCGUGUUUUAUCUUACAGACACGAAAUAUCAGCUUUUAUGAAAAGGUCCUAUACCAAAUUUUCAUUUUUUUUUUGGAUUGGGUUGGAUUUGUGCUCCAGUGAAUUAAACACAAAUGGGGCAGUCUUCUUCCAUUAUCAUACCCCAUGUAUCAAAUCAAUUCAAUAUGAGGGGAUAUGGAGGAAUUAUUGCAGAUUAUAAAAACUGCAGACUUCACUAAAUUUUACUUAUUUUCCUCAUCUGCAAUAACUUUCAUUACGCAUGUAUAGUGGCAGACGCUACGAUAAUUGAUUUUUUCUUGGCUGUUUUUUUUGUGACACCAAAACUACUGACACCAUUUCAACCCUUCAUCUGAAAAUUAAUGUGAAUUGAAUUGAAGACCAGAGCUUCGGAACACAAAUGUUUGGAAUCAAUGGUGAAAAGUUAAUGUCCAAUCAAAAUCAUUGCUACAUGUGCUUAUUGUUCUACAUACCCACUAUAAACCAGUCAGAAUCGUUGUUUUAAAGUUACUGUUGAUUGUAAAUCUUGCUACAUAGGGACCACACCUUGGUCCUCGGAGCAUUGAAUAGUGGAACAAUGAUCAAUUUCGCGUCUUUCAAGAACAUUGAAAUAAUGAUCAAUGACAUUAUUUUCUUUAGGAAAUUGGAGUGCUUAUUCUGGUUGGCUUGUUCUUGGAUUUAAUCUCUAUUCAAAAUGUUCAUUUCAUAAAGUGUUUAUAAAGGGAAAUGGACCAACAUUAUUGCGUGUUUUUCGAUGUUAUUCAUACAUUUCAUGAUAUAUGUUUAAAGUAGGAAGAUGAUAUGUACAAAUUAUAUCACAUGAAUUAUCAAAAAAAUAAUAAUUAUUGUAGUAUAUAUCUUUAUAGGUUUAGAAAUAGGGAGUAAAUUUCUGGUAAAUCAUCAAAUUAUCACAAACAUAAUACAAAUAUAUUAUGUUGAGCUACUUGUAAAUAGAUUUGUAUCAAGAUACGUACGUGUAGAAGUAAGUAUGUUAGCUGAUUUAGGAAAACGGUACAGCGUGAGGUUAUGGCAGAAGGUUUUUUUUUCCUUGUUGAAGAUUUGAAGUCUUUUUCUGUUUUUCAAUUUGGUACACCACGUAUAUGACGGGGUUUUACCACGCCCUUCUGAUCUACUAUUAAUGAAAAAACAAACAUUUUUUGAGAAUCAAUUUUUUAACCUGUAGUAGUAAUAUUAUGUUCACUUUUUCAAUGUUUGCCACAAACACGGAAGAGGUUCUUUUUCUAAACAUACUUCACAAUAAUAAUACCAUGAACAAUAUGGCAAAGGUACAGCUACGUUGUGUAUUUUGACUUUGAAUUUGUAUAUGAUGUCGAGUUAUUAUAUCUAGAGAUGUCGUUACUACAUUCGCUCUCGUGGCUUACGAGAUUUUAAACCACUUCCUAAGAAAGAAUUUCAUUAAUUUCAGACUCCAGAGAUUGUCUCCUCCCAUCCUACAUUUUACAAAGUUCAAUUUUCGUUUUCUUUAUUGCUCUUAUAACAAUCGUAGAUUUAAAUCAAUAUUUGCAAUUCUAUUUAUCAAUUCGUAUUUUUUUUAAGUGAAUGUCCAAUCGUUGAAAUUGCAAUAGUCAAAAAAAUAUUUAUUUGGGGAGAUUUCAAAAAGUGUAUAUUGGCAGUGAAUGUCUCGUCCAGCAUCAUAUAUGAUACAUCAAACAUUUGUGAGUUCACAUUCUAGUCUUCUUCUUGGUUCAGUUGAUAGAUAUAUUUUAUAUUUUGUGAUCAUUUUCAUUUGCUGAAAAUCUGGUUCUUUGUUUUGUAAUUCUGUUUUAUUUCUCUUUUAAAAGUUACUUGUAUUUUUAUUCUCUGAGGAAAUUGACAACUUUAUUUCUUUUUCAUUUAUUUUCCUUAGUGAUUUUUUUUUUAUUGUUUUAUAUAUAUGUAAAAAGCAAAAGCUAUUUCUGAAUAUAUAUUUUAUGUGUGUACAAGUUAUUUAUGUUAUGCGCGAAUUGAUUUUUUUCUUUCCUGUUUUGUUUUAAAACUGUAUCAUGUAAACAUAUAGUAAAGAUUAUGUUAUGCCUUCGAGAAGAAUUGUUUAUAACAGGGCGAUAGGGGGGCAGUAUAGAACUCGCAAUCUUACGAUUAGUUAUUUUCGUAAAAUCAUUCUUUUUAUAUCAUUUCUGAAUAUUCUAUUUAGUGAACAUUAUUGAUGCAUGGCGUUUAAUCCUUUCUCUCGUGAAUAUUACUGUUUAUCAUCAUAACGGUUUCCAUAGUUACCAUAGAAUUCCCUAAAUUUUGUUUCACAUCGGAUGAUGGGUUGAUUGAGAAAAGUACAAACGAAAUGAGAGGAGGAAAACUACAUUAUUUACUUCUGUAAAAUGCAACGUGUGUAACUGCAGUGAGGAGAUCAUUAAUAAAAAAAAAAUGUGUUCUGUGAUACG